UAAGCAGUAGAAAAUAGCUUCAUUUUGUCACAAUAUUUUCCCAAUCAAGAAUAUUCCCAAUGUUCUUCAAUCUAGUCAUACUAGUGACUCUCUUCUUAGUUGAUUUUGCACCAUCUUCUUCUGAUGAUUCAUUCAUUUAUAAUGGAUUCCAAUCAGGAAAUCUUAGCAUGGAUGGCAUAGCUAAUGUCACAUAUAAUGGCCUUUUAUUGUUAACAGAUUCUGAAACACAAAAUCAGGGCCAUGCUUUCUAUCAAAAUCCAAUUCAUUUCAAGAAUUCACCUAAUGGUACUGUAUUUUCUUUCUCCACAACCUUCGUGUUCGCGAUAAGGUCUGAUUAUGGAGAUUUGAGAGGUCAUGGAUUGGUUUUCGUUAUCGCUCCACAGAGAGGACUUCCAGGGGCUUUGGCAAACCAUUAUCUUGGCCUUUUUAACUCAAUCAAUAACGGCGAUAGAUCAAACCAUGUCGUUGGAGUUGAACUCGAUACAAUCUUUAGCGAGGAUUUUGGUGAUAUAAAUAACAAUCAUGUUGGAAUUGAUAUAAAUGGAUUGAGGUCUGUAGCAGUUCAUACAGCAGGUUAUUUUGAUGAUAUUGGCUUGUUUCAUGACUUGACUUUGAUUAGUGGCCAACCAAUGCAAGUUUGGGUGGAUUAUGAUGGCAGCACUAAGCAAAUUAAUGUAACAGUAGCUCAAUUAGCUGCGGGAAAACCAGUUAGGCCACUUAUGAGUCUGAAAUAUGAUCUUUCACCAAUUAUUGAUCAGACUAUGUAUGUUGGAUUUUCAUCAUCAACUGGUUCAGUCCCAACACAUCAUUAUAUAUUGGGAUGGAGCUUCAAAACAAAUGGGAAAGCUCAAGAAUUCUCUCAACUUCCUACUCUUCCUCGUCUUGGACGCAAAGGGACAUCAAGAUUUGUAACUAUUGGUUUGCCAUUAAUUUCUUUGGUUUCACUUGUUGUAGCUACCUUAGUGGCGGUUUAUUAUGUUAGAAGGAGGAAGUAUGAAGAACUUCUUGAAGAUUGGGAACGCGAGUAUAGACCACAAAGGUUCAAGUAUAAAGAUCUCUAUACUGCUACAAAGGGAUUCAGAGAAAUGGAACUAUUGGGAGUUGGAGGAUUUGGUAAAGUUUACAGAGGAGUGAUGCCUAUCACCAAACUUGAGAUAGCUGUAAAGAGGAUAUCUCAUGAAUCAAGACAAGGGAUGAAGGAAUUUGUUUCGGAGAUUGUAAGCAUGGGUCGUAUACAACACAGGAAUAUAGUGCCACUUUUGGGUUAUUGCAGGCGAAAAGGAGAGUUGCUUUUGAUUUAUGAAUACAUGUCUAAUGGAAGUCUAGAUAAGUAUUUAUAUGACCAACCAAGAUUGACACUUGAUUGGAACCAAAGAUUCAGAGUUAUUAGAGGUGUAGCAUCAGGAUUAUUUUUCCUACACGAAGAAUGUGACCACGUAGUGGUUCACAGAGAUGUUAAGGCCAGUAAUGUCUUGUUAGAUGGUGAACUAAAUGGCAGGUUGGGAGAUUUUGGACUCGCGAGGCUAUAUGGUCAUGGGACUGAUCCUCAAUCUACUCGUGUUGUUGGUACUCUUGGUUACCUUGCACCAGAGCAUACUAGAACUGGCCGGGCAACACCUAGAACCGAUGUAUUUUCCUUUGGAGCUUUUCUGCUUGAAGUUGCCUGUGGUAAGAGGCCGAUACAGCCAAGACAAGAUGGUGAUGAUCUGAUUUUGGUUGAUAGGGUGUACUCCUGCUUGAAUAGGGGUAAUAUUCUUGAUGCUAUUGAUCCAAACAUAGGCAUUGAUUUUGUUCCAGGGCAAGUGGAGUUGGUCUUGAAGCUAGGAUUGUUCUGCUCUCAUUCAGAGCCCUCGUUUAGGCCAACCAUGCGGCAAGUCUUGUUGUUCUUGGAUGGUGUUGUGGCCUUACCAGAGUUAUCAACACUGGGUGUGUCAUCAGCUACUCUAACAUUUGACCGUCACGAAGGUUUUGAUGAUUUUAUCAAGUCGUAUGCAUCUUCUUUGGAUUAUGCAUAUUCCCGCUCUCCAUCUGUAACAGACUCCUUUCUCUCUGGUGGCCGAUGAUUCAUGAUGAUUUUAACGUAUUGAGCCUGGUAAAUAUAACCUAAGUUUGGUGGAUUAUGUACUGAUAAAUUAGAGUAGGUUAUGAUAGGAAUACUGUAAAACUUUUUCUCCAAUCCAGAAUUCAAUACUUGAAACGUUUUAUUGAAAGGUGUCCAAGAUA